AUGACGUCGAACGACGUCCGCGACAUCCUCUCGCUUCCCGCCUCAUCCAACAACGUCGCCGGCGCAGCGAGCGUCGGCAGCGGUGCCAAUACCGGUGCGAGCGCCAUCGCAGGCCCCUCUUCUCUCUCUUCCGCGCGCUCCCGCCACCGCUCCUCGUCCAGGGCAAAGCACGCGCACCAUGGUCCACCGGGAAGCACCCCAAAGGCCACCCGCCCCAAGCUCGACGGCAUGACCCGCGAGCUCUUUGCCCUGCUUGGCGACAAUGCGCCCAGCCUCGCCAUGGCCCAGGGCCUCGCCGGUGGCAUCGCCGGAGCCGAUGGCAAGGCUGGCUUCCGCCCAAAGUUCAGGAAGCGUCCCGGCAGGGCCAAGAAGUGGGAGUGGACGCCCUUUCGCAACCCGGCACGCGACGACACCGACGACGACGGCAGCGGCCUGGUGCUGUACCACUGGGCACCCGCAAAAUCUCGCAGCGCGCCGGCGGACCCGGGCACGUCGGCGUCGGCGUCGGCAUCCGGCCCGCCCGAGGUCGAGACGGACUACCGCUUCUCGCAGUUCAACACGUCGUCGGGCGUGUACAGCUACUCGAACGACGAGUACAUCCAGCACCUGCGCGACGACGACUGGACAAAGGAGGAGACGGACCACCUCAUCGACCUGUGCCAGGCCUACGACCUGCGCUUCGUCAUCAUCCACGACCGCUACGACUGGCCGGGCAAGCCGCGCUCCAUGGAGGACCUCAAGGCGCGCUACUAUGCCAUCUGCCGCCGCCUCAUCCGCUCGCGCAUCUCGACCGACGACAUCGAGACGCGCCAGGCGCUCCUCGCCACCUACUCGUUCGACAAGCAGCGCGAGGUCGAGCGCAAAAAGGCCCUCGCCCGCCUCUAUACCCGCACGCCCGCCCAGCUGGCCGAGGAAGAGGCCCUCUACGUCGAGGUGCGCCGGAUCGAGCAGAACGAGGCGCGCUUCGCCAGCGAGCGCGAGGAGCUGCUGCGCCUGCUGGGCGGGUGGGAGUCGCUGCCCAACGCGGCGCCGCACAGCGUCGCCGCCGCCGGUUCGGGCGUCAUGGGCCUGCUGACCGUCGCCGACGAGCUGGGCAGCAGCCAGUCCGGGUCGAGCGGCGACAGCAAGCGGUCGCAGAAGAAGCGCAAGCUCGACGACGAGGCCAACGAGCCGUCGAGCGCGCCGGCGGGCGCCGCCGCCGCUCCGAGCAGCAGCGGCGCGAGCCGGUCGAGCAGCAGCCUGACGAGCAAGCAGCGCGCCGAGCUCAAGCAGGCGCAGUUUGACGAGCAGCACUGCAUCACGCGCUUCGAUCCAGAGGCGGUGGCGCCCUCGAAACCGCCGUACCCGCACCUGAUCGGGGUACCGUCGACCUCGCCGCCCGUGGCACCGUCACCGGCGAAUCCGACGUCAUCGCACGGCGUGUACCUCCGUUCCUCGCGCCUCCUCGCCGCGCGGCCCAACCUGAGCCUGCGCGCUGCGCAGACGCUGACGGAGCUACGACCGCCCAUCGGGCCCAAGCUCGUCUUUGCUACGGCGCGGAAUGCGGAGAAGUGGGAGGGCCUCAUGGGCGCCGUGACGAGUGGACUCGAGAUGAAGCGCCAGCUCGACCGCGUCGAGAGCGAGGUCCGUAUCGCCAAGCAGAGACUGUUCGAGGCCCAGAGGAGCCUUGCUGCCUCCUCGUCGGCCGGUGGGGUGGCCGGUGGUAAAGACGAGGCCAAGAAGGAGGACGAGGCUCAAGCGCCGAUACCGGCUGCUCUGUAG